AUGAGUAGUAACAUCCUUAUUGUGGGUGCCACUCGAGGUCUAGGGGCCUCCCUGGCCGCCCUGUACUCGAAAGACCCAACCAACCACGUAUUCGGGACCUCCAGAUCCUCCUCGCCUCCUUCAAGUUCCGAAAUCACCUGGCUGACAGACCUUGACGUCUCCGAGCACGAUAUCGGACAAAAACUAGUUUCGCAGGUCCCAGCAUCCACCAAAUUCUCAGCCGUCAUCAUCACCGCGGGGUACUUUGGCUUCGAGACCUUUGACACUCCCGAUUGGGAGAAGCAGACCAAGAUGUACACCACAUCAGCCAUUAGUCCGGUCUUUAUUGUGCAUCAUCUGGUUAAAGCUGGACUGUUGGAUAACGGGAGUAAAGUGAUCAUCGUCAGCAGCGAGAGUGGCAGUAUCACGCUUCGGCACGAGAAGGAAGGUGGAGGCAACUAUGGCCAUCAUGCGAGUAAAGCGGCAUCGAACAUGGUCGGGAAGCUGUUGAGUUUGGAUCUCAAGCCUCAUGGGAUUGCGGUGGGUCUGGUUCAUCCGGGGUUUAUGCGGACGGAGAUGACCAAGAGUGUUGGAUUUGACAAGUACUGGGAUGAUGGUGGAGCUGUCACGCCCGACGAAGCUGCUCAGUCGCUAGCCGCGUUUAUUGAGACCUUUGACAUGAGCAAGACUGGCCAGUAUUGGGCGCCAAGGGGACCAAGGGACAUUGGCACAGCCGAGAGCGUCCUCGGAAAAGACUUGCCAACUCCUUUACAGUUGCCGUGGUAA